AUGGCCUGGUUUGCUGGAAUUCUCUGGUAUGGGUGGAAGAUGAGGAAUCAGGUGGCUCAUGGAGUUAAUCAAUGGAGUAGAGUCCUCUUUUGGCAGAAUUGUCAAAAGUUUGCCUUGGAGAUUGCUAAGCUAAUGGACAAUGGGGAUGAGAACAAGGGUAAUGAUAGACUGGUUUCAUGGAAGGCUCCAGAUGUGGGUUGGAUAAAAGUCAACGUUGAUGGGAGUCGUUAUGAAGCGAAUUGCUCCACUGCGAUUGGGGGAGUUUUACGAGAUUGCUGUGGGAAUUGGAUUGCUGGGUUUGCCAAUUCCUUUGGGUUUACCACAAUUGUUACUGCCGAGGUACGAGCGAUCAGAGAUGGUCUCUCCCUCGCUCAAUUGCUUGGAUAUAAAAAAGUUGAAGUUGAGUCCGACUCGCAGGUGGCCGUUCAACUCAUCUGUCAAUUAGAUACGGAAAAUCACCCUUUGGAUAAUCUACUGAGGGAAUGCAGACAACUACUGAAGAACAACGGAGAGUACACCAUCAACCAUAUCUUCCGAGAAGCAAAUGUUGUAGCAGAUGCCAUGGCAAAGAAGGGGCAUGCGAUGUUCGGUGGGGAGGAACUUUUCUCAUCGCCUCCGACAGAUAUUGUUCAUCUGGUGGAGGGCGAUAUAGCUGGGAUUCAAUAUGCGAGACCAGGGUGA